AAAAGCAUAUCCAAAAUUCCCAUAUUCUCCAUUCCCACAUAAAAAACAUCCCACAAAUAAAAUACACAAAAAAUUCCACUUUGCCAAAUGUUGCAAACCACACACAACUUACAUGCAAAUUCCACACGUAACAACCGAAUCACUCUCACACCAACACCUUCACUUUCACCUCACCGUCCCAAUUUCCCACCCCCCACAUCAAAACUCACGCCACCGCAAACCACCACCCUCCGCCGCUCAAUGCCGACCGGCGACAUCCGCUACACCUCCCCACCCACGGCCACCAACAACUCCUCCCCUAUAGUCGCCUUCGAAGACGAAGGAUGGCUGUGGUCCCAAAUCAAAGCCGAAUCCCGCCGUGACGCCGAGUCGGAGCCGGCGCUGGCGAGUUAUCUGUACUCCACGAUUCUCUCUCACUCCUCGCUUGAACGGUCGCUGUCGUUUCAUCUUGGGAAUAAGCUUUGCUCCUCGACGCUUCUUUCGACGCUUCUGUAUGAUUUGUUUCUCAACGCUUUUGCUACUGACCCGUCGUUGAGUUUGGCCGCUGUUGCUGAUCUUCGUGCUUACCGUGAACGGGACCCUGCGUGUAUCUCUUACUCUCACUGUUUGCUCAAUUACAAAGGAUUCCUUGCUUGCCAGGCGCACCGUGUAUCUCACUUAUUGUGGAGGCAGGCGCGGCGUCCGUUAGCAUUGGCGCUACAUUCUCGAGUUGCUGAUGUAUUUGCGGUGGAUAUUCAUCCGGCAGCGAGAAUUGGGAAAGGAGUUCUGUUUGAUCAUGCCACGGGUGUGGUGGUGGGAGAGACUGCGGUGAUUGGGAAUAAUGUGUCGAUUCUGCAUCAUGUGACAUUGGGUGGGACUGGAAAGGCUGGUGGGGAUAGGCAUCCGAAAAUUGGGGAUGGGGUGCUCAUUGGUGCUGGUGCUACCAUUUUGGGAAAUGUUAAGAUUGGGGAAGGUGCUAAGAUAGGUGCUGGUUCGGUUGUUUUGAUUGAUGUGCCGCCACGGACUACUGCUGUUGGGAACCCGGCGAGAUUGGUUGGUGGUAAAGAGAAGCCGUCUAAGCUUGAGGAUGUGCCUGGGGAAUCCAUGGACCAUACUUCCUUUAUCUCUGAGUGGUCUGAUUAUAUCAUUUGAGUUUCCAAGGUGAAGUGCUUGAAAUCAAACACUUAACACUUGAUGUUGGAUUUGCACGGCUUUAGAACUAAAUUUGCUUUUCCUAUCUCAUGUGUUUUGAUGUUGUAAUUUAUAUGUUGUGUUGAGAUUUUGUAGUGACCAGUAGUCUAAAAGUCACUAAACUACAAUAAAAAGUGACCCUGUAAUUUAAGUUUAAUAACACGGCUAUAAUAAAAAAGUGUGUUACUACAUACUGUAUGGCAUUGUGAGUGGAAAUUUUGGCGUUGAGCAAUGUAAUAACACGGGCUUCGGAAUA